UCUUGCAAGUCGGGUGGCAUGACAACAGCAGCAGACAGGAACAUCGGCAGUUUCACAGGAGGAUGCAAUAUUCGUCUUCUGUUUGACAUAACGGCGAUAUGAGCGCCGACAAUUCCUGCCCUGACGUGUCGGUUCCUCUGAGGAAUCUCCUUAACUUUGUUCAGUGUAUUCGGGACCGCGUAAAAGAUGGAGAGUCAAAUGAGUCAAGUGGGGGCUUUAACCUGCAGAAUUUCUGGGAUACGCUGAAUCAAGCAGUCAAAGCAACUUCACAAGAAGCCACAAAACUCAGCCUUGCCUUCUCAAAGCCUCCCCUGCCUUCACCACAGGAUGGGGAGAGGUUUGCUGAAUCUAUUCAGAAGAGUGUUUUGGCGCUGUCCACAGUGUACUACUGGUUGCCCAAAAGCCAAGGCAUCACUAUGCGCAGGAUGGUCCGGGACGCCACUGUCGAGGUGUUAGAGGGGAUUGUGCAGCUGAUAGACAUCAUCCUCAGCACUCCCCUUCAGAGUUUGUCUCAGGAACAGCUGACAUCUACAGGGGGAGUGUGGUCAGCAUGUGACCAGUUUGUUCACCUGCCCAAAGAUAAUCAGGCAGCCGUGCUGGAAUUGCUGGCGUCCUAUAACGGGGUGGUGAAAGAUGCCAUUAGUGAGAUGGAACAGGCUCAAGCGGAAAGCCACGAUCCCUUCAGCGAUGUGCUGGAAGAGGAGGACCUGGACUCCCGGGGGAAUCAGGACACGUACUGGUCAGAGGCAGACCGGCAGCUCAUGGCUCCGUGUCAGGGUCUAAUGAAGGCCUCCGCAGCCUGCUUAAAAAAGCUGUCCGCCGCAAUAAAAGCCAACGGGAAAGUGGAUAGCCCAGAGCACAUUGCGCAACUGGACGAUCUUGCCGACAUCACCAAGGAAAUAAGCCCCAGUGUGGAUGACCUGGCCCUAAGUCUCUACCCACCUAUGGACUACUCAGGAGUGGAGCUGAAUGCAUGCAAACUGGCAUCCAUCCUGAAGAAAAUCCUCGACAUCACCAGGGCAAGUCACGUUUGUCUGGAGGGGGAUCUGAACUGGGUACAGUUCCUGGAUGGCGCAGUGGAUCACAACCUGCAGAAAGUCAAAGCCCUGGCCCAGGGAUCCAGCUAGGGGAGCAGGGCCUCCAGUUUGGCCCUGACUCUAAUGGACAGGGGAAAGAUGUGUGGAACCGUGUACCCUUACGGUUCACACUGUCCCCUUCUGUUUUUGAAAGCAAGGAGCCACAGCAUGGAAGCCUGCAAUUCCCACGUGUGAACAAUAUAAAAAAAGGUGUUUUCUGAACAACAAGCAUCUGUUCUAUUCAACAGUAUUUCAUUUUAUGUUGAAAUAUUUUGGGUUAGACAUUUAAUGAAAUAUGAACUAGUCCGUGUAAAUAAAUAAACCAGUUUCAGCAUGCUUUUCCUUGUGUGCCCUAUGAUGGAGUAAAUAAGACACAUUUCACUCUUCAUUGGUAAAAUGGAUGCUUUUAUUAAUAUUGUCUCAUGUUUUGUGCAUUGGUUAUGUUUACAGUCAGGAAACCAUCUCAGUGUGGACAGAAAGAAUUUAUAGUACCAACUGUUGCAGUAAUAGUAAAGCAGUAGCUUUAGUUAAAGGGCUUCUCUUCAAGCCUUAAGCACAAGAAAUGUAUUCAUUCACAGAGGAUACACAUUUGUGUAAAAGUUAUACAAAUUAUAAAAUGAGCAGGCAUGGUAA